UAUUUAGUCAGUCAGUAGGUUAAUCACAUAGUCAAUAAGUGUAUUAAGACUAAUGCUUUAGCAUUAGUCGGUCAAUGAAUUAACUGUUUCAUUGGUCAUGAGUUAUUAAUCAAAGUUAACUGUUUAGCUAGUAAGACAGUUAGUGCACUAAUAAGUCUGAGUUGCUUAUUUAGUGGGUUAAUUGUUUAGUCAGGCACCGAAUUCAUUAAUCAAUGAGUCAGUUAUUGAGUUAAUUGGACACUGAUCUAACUGUUCAAUGAGUGAGUGAGUUAGUGUACUAGUCAGUCAGUGAAUCAAUGGUUUAGUUAGUGAGAUAACUGCUUAGUUGGUAAGUGUGAUGGCUUGUAAGCCAGUGAGUGAGUUGUUUCCUUAGAUAAUUAUCUAAGGAAACAACUCACUCACUGGCUUACAAGCCAUCACACUUACCAACUAAGCAGUUAUCUCACUAACUAAACCAUUGAUUCACUGACUGACUAGUACACUAACUCACUCACUCAUUGAACAGUUAGAUCAGUGUCCAAUUAACUCAAUAACUGACUCAUUGAUUAAUGAAUUCGGUGCCUGACUAAACAAUUAACCCACUAAAUAAGCAACUCAGACUUAUUAGUGCACUAACUGUCUUACUAGCUAAACAGUUAACUUUGAUUAAUAACUCAUGACCAAUGAAACAGUUAAUUCAUUGACCGACUAAUGCUAAAGCAUUAGUCUUAAUACACUUAUUGACUAUGUGAUUAACCUACUGACUGACUAAAUAAUUAACAUACUGCUUAAUAAAUUCACUGACUGAAUAAUUGAACAAGUAACUCUAAGAUUCAAGGGUUUCAAGGUUCAGUCCAGUUCAAAGAUUCUUAAUCAACAUUUUUAGUAUUCUUCUUAACCAUGACUUGUUAAUAAAAUAUGUUCUCGAUGCUGUAGAGUUGGAACCGUAUGACUGCCAAGUGUGCACCAGCAGUUUCUGUUCCAAGAAUUCACUCAAGCUUCACUACAUGGUGAAGCACAUCAGAAAGAGGAUGGCAUGUGAUGUAUGUGACAGGAGAUUCUCUGACCCCAGACUGUUCAAGAGCCACAGGUUUUUUCACGAACUUGAGUCGUAUGUUUGCAGUGUCUGCAGUGAACAGUUCAGUGAAUUCUUUGGCUAUAAGAAGCACAUGAGAUCACAUAAAGAGCAUCAUAAGCUCAACAAAUGUGGGUUCUGCUUGAAGGGGUUCUACACAAAGAAGAGGUACUGGCAGCAUAUACAACGCCACAGUAGCAAUAGUAAGAGGUUUGACUGCAGCAGAUGUAAUGAGACCUUUGUGAUGGAGAGUGUACUGGAAGAUCACUGGAAUUCCCAUGUGGAUCAGCUGCCACAUUACCUGUGCACGGCAUGUCAGGGCUGUGAUUGGCUGUACUACACAAAGAAGAAGCGCUUCACACAUUGGCGUACUCUACAAAAGUUGUCGGGGAGAUCUGUCAAGAAAUUAUUGAAGACUUUCAAGCAGUCAAAACAGUUUCCAUGGAAUGUGACUGUUAGUAUCUGAAAUCGUGGCCGUCCAAUAGCUCUCUGUUUCUUUAUAUGCAUGUAGUCCAUUACAUAGUAAAUUUAUCACGCCUUAAAAAUAAUUUAUUCCUGAUUAUAUGUAUCUUAAAGGGCUGUUGUAUAUUUUUCAUAUUUUGGAACUUCAUAUAUCAAUAAAUAUUCCAGUAAAUUCCUUUGCGUUUUGCUAAUGACAGUUAUUGUAAUUGUAGAACUGCACUGUAAUAUCUAUGUCCUACAGUCCUUUGUUCGUUACACAUGGAGCAUGCUAUUUUAUUGACAUAUUAAUGUAUAUUGUCACAUGUAUGUAGUGAAUAUAGACCGGGUUUGGAUUGGUAAUCACAUUUAUUGAACACUUACAGAAUAUGGCUACAAAUAGCUAUGACAGCAAUGGCUGCUGUGCAGUCCCCUGUUCACGGUCGCUGCCUAGCAACAGAUCUACAUGCCACAAUAUUACACUGAUUGCCACAUCUUACAUUGUGGUGUGAUUUAAUGUUAGUUUUGGUUAAAUGUAAGGUAUGAAAUAUGAAAAGACACUAUGGAGUUACAUCUCUAGAAAUAUUUUGAUUACGAAUAUGAUAUGCAU